AUGUCGUCCUCCCCCUCGCUGCCAAAGGUGGGCUCCCACCUGGUCCUCAGCCUGCCCGCCCCGCACGUCUUCCAGAUGACGCUCAACCGGCCGCAGCAGCUCAAUGCCAUGACCGACGAGCUCGAGGUCGACAUCCGCCGCAGCUUUGACUUUUUCGAGCACGAGCCCUCGCUCUGGAUCAUGGUCCUCACGGGCAACGGCCGCGCCUUCUGCGCCGGACAGGACCUCAAGAACUGGCUCGACAAGAACAGGGGCAAGGUCGAGACCGUCCUGCACCCCUCGGGGCAGCCGAUGCAGGCAGAGAGCGAGUACUCCAAGUCGCUCCAGAGGCUCCACCAGGGCGGCUUCGGUGCGCUCAGCACCAGGAGGAGCACCAAGCCCAUCAUCGCCGCCGUCGACGGAAUCUGCAUGGGCGGCGGAGCAGAGACCCUGGUCAACUGCGACAUUGUCGUCGCAAGCCAAAGGUCCGUCUUUGCCUUUCCCGAGGUCAAGAGGGGCGUCGUCGCUGCCAUGGGCGGCAUCCCGCGCCUCUCGCAGCUCUGCGGACACCAACGAGCCUCGGAGCUCCUCCUGCUCGGCCACACCAUCACCGCGCAGGAGGCCCACGACCGGUACAACAUGAUCAACCGCCUGGUGCCCGUCGAAAAGUCGGCGCCCAUCGACGAAGGCCAAAAGGCCGUCGAGGCCGUCGCCCUCGACCUCGCAAGGCAGAUGACCGAAAACAGCCCGGACAGCCUCUUUGCCACAAAGGAGGCCCUCGUCCUCGCACGCGACGCCGCCGGCGACGACAUUGACGCUUCGGCCCGCGCCGGCGUCCAGGGAGAGAGGAGCCGCCUCCUCAACGUCGGCCAGAACAUCGCAGAGGGCCUCGAGGCCUUUAAGAACAAACGGGCGCCCAGGUGGUUCAACCCGGCAAAGGCCCAGGCAAAGCUGUAG